GGUUAUGUGGUUAGGCGUCCCUAGAUGGCUCCCGAUUCGCAUGCAGGAGUGUUUGAACUUGCGGUGCCUACGCUUUGCCAGGACUUGCAGUGGCCGUAGGGGCCCGAUGGCGGAAACGCUCUCGACUGAGGCGGAGGCAGCGAGCGGGUUGAGGGCUCCGGCUCAGCAAAACGGAGACACGGGUGGCGUCGCGAGGGGUGAGCCGCCCCCAGGGCGCCCGCAGCCGGCGGCCCGGGGAGUGGAGCUGGCCCCGAAGGACGGGCAGCAGGCCACAGGGAGCGAGGAGCAGGCCCCGGCUGCACCGCAGGACCCAGGCAAGCGGAAGAAGCGGCGGGGCGCAACCGGGGAGCGCGUGGUGCCGCCCCCGAAGAAGCGCCGGGCAGGGGUGAGCUUCGGCGAUGAGCACUUUGCAGAGACCAGCUACUACUUCGAGGGCGGCCUGCGCAAAGUGCGGCCUUACUACUUUGACUUCCGAACCUAUUGCAAAGGCCGUUGGGUGGGUCACAGCUUGCUGCACGUCUUCAGCACCGAGUUCCGAGCCCAGCCCCUGUCCUACUACGAGGCUGCGGUCCGAGCAGGGCGUCUCCGCCUCAACGAGGAGCCGGUACAGGACCUCAGCAUUGUGCUCAAGGACAAUGACUUCUUGCGGAACACAGUGCACAGGCAUGAGCCACCAGUCACGGCAGAGCCUGUCCGCCUGCUGGCUGAGAAUGAAGAUGUGGUGGUUGUAGACAAGCCUUCUUCCAUUCCUGUCCACCCCUGUGGCCGCUUCCGACACAACACGGUCAUCUUCAUCCUGGGCAAGGAGCACCAACUGAAGGAGCUACACCCACUGCAUCGGCUUGACCGCCUUACCUCUGGGGUCCUCAUGUUUGCCAAGACAGCAGCUGUUUCGGAGAGAAUACAUGAGCAAGUUCGGGACCGGCAGCUGGAGAAGGAGUACGUGUGCCGGGUAGAGGGGGAGUUCCCCGCUGAGGAAGUAACCUGCAAGGAACCCAUCUUGGUAGUGUCUUACAAGGUAGGGGUGUGUCGUGUAGAUACUCGGGGCAAACCCUGUGAGACAGUGUUUCAGAGACUGAGCUACAACGGCCACUCCAGUGUGGUGCGGUGUCGGCCACUCACAGGUCGUACCCACCAGAUCCGAGUCCACCUCCAAUUCUUGGGCCACCCCAUCCUAAAUGACCCCAUCUACAACUCAGUGGCCUGGGGUCCCUCCCGGGGCCAGGGUGGCCACAUUCCCAAGACGGAUGAGGAAUUGCUGCGGGACCUUGUGGCAGAGCACCAAGCCAAACAGAGCCUGGAUGUGAUAGAUCUCUGUGAAGGUGACCUGUCCUCAGCACUCACAGACUCCACAGCUCCCUCCUCAGAGCUGGGCAAGGACCACCUUGAAGGCUUGGUUUCAUCUGCCCAACAGAUGGAUGGAAUACUUGAGGCAGCCCCUCAGGAUCUGGACACAAAGGCCCUGGCACCAGGGAAGGCAGCUGAAAAAGAUGUGAAUCAAGAGAUAGACCCGCUCUGUGCAGAGUGCCGACUGGUGCGACAGGACCCCUUGCCCCAGGACCUUGUGAUGUUUUUGCAUGCCCUAUGCUAUAAAGGACCAGGAUUCGAGUACUCUUCACCCAUGCCUACCUGGGCACAGGAUGACUGGCAAGAGAACUGAGACCUGUGGCCUAUGGAAAGAAGCCAUGGAAUAGGAACUGACCUCAUGGAGUAGUACUCAAGCUUUCUGUUAGGAGUGAAGCUGGAUUCUUAAAGGAACUGCUUAUACUUGUUACCUCCUUCAGCUAGAGUUUAGGGAGUUUUUGGUUUGUAAAUAUCUCCCUUUUUCUUACCAGAUACCUCAUGUCUGGUUUUCCUACUGCCUUUUUUUUUUUUUAAAUUGAGGUAAAUUACAUAAUAUACAAUUAACCAUAUUAAGGCAUACUGUUUAGUGGCAUUUAGCACAUUCACAAUGUUGUGCAGCCAUUACCUCUUUCCUGGUUUCAAGUGUUUUCAUCACCCAGAAGGAAGCCCAUACCCAGUAACAGUCAUUUUCUGUUUCCCCUUCAUCCCAGUCACUGGUAACAGUUAAUCUACUUUUUGUCUCAAUGGAUUUGCCUAUUCUGGACUUUUCAAACAAAUGGAUCAUAUAAUAAGAGAACUCCUUGGUGUCUGUCAUCUUUUGCUUAGCCUAAUGUUUCAAGGUUUAUCCAAUUUAUAUUAUACAUCGGUACCUCUGUCCUUUUUAUGGCUGAAGAAUAUUCCGUUGUAGGGGUAUAUUAUACUGGCCAUGUUUUUGUGUACAAAUUUGUGUACAAAUUUUGUUCAAAUUUGUAUUUUCAGUUCUUUGUACCAAAGAGUAAAAUUGCUGAGUCAUAUAGUAAUUCUGUGUUUAAAUUUUUGAGGAGUCAUGAAACUUUUCCAUAGUGGCUGAGCCAUUUUGAAACCGGAAAAGCCAGCAUUCGUGCUGCCUGUCACCACCACAACCACUGAGUAGGGACAAGGACUGAAUCUUUAUGGGCACUUUAUUUAGAUGCGGGCAGUCUGAGAAGAUAGUGGACUGUGUACCUUCAAAAAAGUCUUAACGUCUCAUCUCAAGCUCACCUGUUUAUGGGAAGAAGAAAAGGGUAGGUAAAGGAUUUGAAAAAAGGUUAAUUAGAUAAGAGUUUCAGUCUGGAUGCAACCUUCCUAGUAUUUCUUUAUCUGUUGAUCAACAGUUCUUUAUCUACCACACACAUGUUCCCUCCCUGGCACACCAGGGCUCAGAGAUGUAGUUUGCAGGCCCCUGGGGCACAAGGGUUGAAUUGCUCGUCAACCUGGAGUCCUGUAUAUCCUGCAUUCCAGUUCCUGGAAUGACAGCUUCCCACAGGCAUUAAUCCCUUAAGCCUGUCAACUAUGAUAGAAACUAACAUCUUUUAACUCUUUCAGUUGCCCUAUCAAUUUUACCUUCCUGUGGACUACACACCAUAUUUACAGUUUCUCCACAUCCUCACCAAUACUUAUUUUCUGUUAUUCUGAUUAUAGUUAGACUAGUGGAGUGUUAUCUCAUGGUUUUGAUCUGCAUCUCCCUAUUGGUUAAUAAUGUCUAGCAUCUUUGCCUGUGCUUAUUGGCCAUUUUUAUGUAUUUGGAGAAACGUCUUGACUGUUUUUUAAUUGGGUUGUUUGCCUUUUUGUUGUUGAGUUAUAAGACCUCCAUAUGUAUUUUGGAUAUAAGACCAGUAUCAGAUAAAUAAUUUGCAUGUAUUUUCUUCCAUUUUGUACGUUGUCUGUACAUUCUGUUGAUAGUGUCCUUUUAUUCACAAAAGUUUUAAUUUUUUGUUGUUGUGAAGAACACUUAACAUGAGGUCUGUCCCUUAACAAACUUUUAUGUGCACAAUACGUGUUGUUAACUGUAAACACAGUGUUGUAUGGCAGAUCUUCGGAACUCAAUCAUCCUGCAUAACUGAAACAUCGUACCUGUUGAAUGGUAAUUCCCCAUUUUCCCCUGCUCCCAACCCGUGACGUCGCCAUUCUGCUCUCUGUUUCUAUGUGCUUGACUUUGUUAGAUACCUGAAAAAAAAAAUCUUGUUUUCCUUUACCCACUACUUAGAGAAUACUCUAUACUUCAAAUGUGUGGAGUUUUCCUCACACCAAGGAAUAAUUUUAGACCAGUGAGGAGGUGUCUUACAGUUUAGUUCAAUUCUGACACUAUCCACCUGGAGAGAGGGUCAGAUUCCACAAUUUCAGGGCUUAGUCCCACAUUGCUGGUGUCGUUUAGGUUGUCACCUGUGUGCUUCUGACCAACCAUAAAUCAGAGGUUCCCACAACCCUCUCUGAUUUAAUCAUUUACUAGAAUGGCUCAGAACUCAGGGAAAUGGUUUACUUGGUAGAUUACUGAUUUAUUACAAAGGAUAUUAAAGGAUACAAAUGAAUGGCCAGGUGAAGAGAUAGGGUAAGGUCUGGAAGGGUGUUGAGCACAGGUGCUUCUGACCCCGUAGAUGCCACCACCUGGGCAUGUGGAUGCCUUCUUGCUCACCAACCUAAAACUUCUCUGAGCCUAGUUUGUAUGUCUUUGGAGACAAAUCUGUUCAAAUCCUUUGCCCAUCUUUUAAUUGUCUUAUUUGUGGCUGGAGGGGGUUUUGCUAUAGAAUUGAGGAAGUUUCUUAUAUAUUUUUUUAAAGAUUUUAUUUUAUUUCUUUUUAGAGAGGGAAAGGAGGUGGGGAGAGAGAGAGAGAGAAACAUCAAUGUGUGGUUGCUGGGGGUCAUGGCCUGCAACCCAGGCAUGUACCCUGACUGGGAAUAUAUUUUUUAAUAUUAACCCCUUAACAGAAAGAUGGUUUGCAGAUAUUUUCUUGCGUAAGUGGCCUUUCACUCUGUUAAUUGCUUCCUUUUGCUGUCCAGCUUUUUAGCUUGAUGUAGUCUCCCUUGUCUGUUUUUGCUUUUGUUUCCUGUGCCUUUGACAAGUGUAAUUUUGGUGCAGUCCAACAUUUUCUUUUAUUUUUAGUGUUUUUGAUGUAAUUGUCUGAGAAUCUAUUGGCAAAUCUAAGGUCAUGAAGAUUUACCUCUGUAUUUUCUUUUAAAGGUUUUAUAGUUUAGCUCUUAUAUUUAGGUGUUUGAUUCAUUUUGAGUUGAUUUUUGUAUGUGGUGUGAGAUAGGGGUCCAACUUCUUUCUGUUACAUGUGGAUAUCCACUUUGCUUGGUGAUACAGAUACCUGAUCAGAUCACUGGCGUGGGGUGGCAGGGGAGCAGGGAGGAGCCUUAAGAGAAGGUUGCUUGAGGCAAUGGUAAACAGAAUAGGAUGGAAUUGGCUGAGAAGCUAAUUGCCUCCAGAGUGGAAUUAUGGACUAGAAGAUUUGAAAUGAAAGAAGGGCUCUCAGGCUCUCCCUUCUGCUUCAGGGAUGUCUGGAUGAACAUCCUGCAGCUGCCAGUGUUUCCCAAUGGACUGUAUUUUGGAUGGGAAGGAACUCCGGAUGCAGCCUAGGAUCAGGCUGGCCAGUCAGAGGGUGGCAGGGUUAUUCUUCUUUGGGUAUCUUAUAGAGGGAACAACCUUCGAGACAAAAGCCUGCCAUUCUUCCAAAAUUGUGUAGUUUUUGUGUCUUACAUUGUUCUAGUUUGUAAACUAAUCCUAUCGAAAUAAGAUAAUUAAAAUAGAGGGAAUACUAGGAGAAAGCAGGUGUUAAAGAGUUUAGCCUUAAUUAAUAGGUGUGAUUAAAGCUAUAACUGAAGAAUUGAAGAGCUUAGCCUUAAUUGAUAGGUUUAAAUGACUAAGGCAUGUGGAAAGCUGUUACUCCAAAAUUGUGAAGCUUUUGAAUAAAGACUCCUUUCCUUUAUCCCCAAACCUUUGCCUCUGGAAUUUUGCCUAGAGGGCAGCACAACCCCACUUGCACCAUUUGUUAGAGAAACUGUUCUUUCCCCAUUGAAUGAUCUUUGCAUUCUUGUAGAAAAUCAAUUGACGACAGAUGUAUAGGUUUAUUUUUGGACUCUUGAUUCUUUUCCAUUGAUCUCUGUGUCUGUCCUCCACCAUUGCCACACUGCUUUGAUUUCAUUCCUACAAAAGAGGGUGAUAGGAUUUUUUUAAAUUUAGUUUUUUAUUGUGGUAAAAAACAUGUCACAGAUUUACUACUCUGGACUGUUAAGUGUACAGUUUAGCAAUGAUAAGUAUGUUCACAUUGUUGUGAAACAGAUCCCCGGAGUUUUUUCUUCUCAGCUGACGGAAACUCGAUACCACUCCUCUUUCCCCUCCUACCCCAAGGCCCUGGGAACCACUGUUCUCCUUUCUGUUUCUAUGAAUUUGAUUACUUUAGAUAACUCAUAGAAGUGAACUCAUACACUUUCAUCUUUGUGAUCGGCUUAUUUCAUUUAGCAUAAUGUCCUCAAGGUACAUCCAGGUUGUAAUGUGACAGGAUUCCUUCUUUUUUAAGGCUGAACAAUAAAUACUGCGCCGUGUGUGUAUGCCAAAUUUUGUUAUCCCUCAUUCACUAUGGACACAGGCUGCUUCUGCCUUUUGGCUGUUGUGAACAAGGUUGUGCAAAUGCCUCUUAAAUAUCCCACUUUCAAUCCUUUUGAAUGUAUAUCCAGAAAUGGGAUUGCUGGAUUAUAUAGUAAAUUCUACUUGUAAUUUUUUGAGGAAUCUCCAUGCUGUUUUCCAUAGCAUCUGCAUCAUUUUACAAUCUUAUCAACAAUGACCAAGGGUUCCAAUUUUUUCACAUCCUCACCAACACUUAAUAUUUUAUUUUAUUUUAUUUUAUUUUUUUUAGCAGUAACCAUCCUAAUGGGUGUAAGGUGAUAUCUCAUUGUAGUUCUGAUUUGCAUUUCCUUGGUAAUUAGUGAUAUUGAGCAUCUUUUCAUUUGCUUCUUGGCCAUUUGUAUAUCACUUAGAGAAAUGUCUAUUCAAGUCUGUGCAUUUUUUAGUAGGGUUGUUUUUGUUGAAUUCUGUAUGUGUUCUUUACAUGUUCUGGAUGUUAACCUUACAGAUGUGUGAUUUGCAAAUACAUUCUCCCAUUCUGCAGGUUCUUUUUGUUCUGGUGAUUAUAUCCUUUGAUACACAAAAGUUUUUGAGUUUGAUAUCCCAUUUUCUUCUAGCAAUGUUUUGUCAUUUUCAGUGUAUAUGUCUUAUACCUCCUUGGUUAAAUUUUAAUCCUAAAUAUUUUAUUCUUUUGGACGCUAUUUUGAAUGGAAUUGUUUUCUUAAUUUUGUUUGGAUUGUUCAUUGCUUGUGUA